CACCAAUAAGAAAUUAAAAGCCUUAAAAAAAUGGGCAACAAGGAUGCUGUUGGUCCAUGGUCAACUGGCUUUUGCGACUGCUUCUCUGACUGUAGCUCUUGUUGCCUCACUUUAUGGUGCCCCUGUGUUAGCUUCGGAAGGAUAGCUGAGAUCGCCGAUAGAGGAACAACUUCUUGUUGUGCAAAUGGAACACUUUUCUGCAUGCUUGCUGGUUUUACUACUCAUUUGGUGUCACUCUACGCAUGCAUUUAUCGUACAAAAUUAAGGAGGCUACAUGGGAUUGAGGGAAACCAAUGUGCUGAUUGUUUGGUGAGUUGCCUCUGCCCCCACUUAUCCAUUUGCCAACAGUAUCGUGAACUCCAAGCCCGUGGAUUCGACGUGUCUGCUGGUUGGGAUGGGAAUGUGCAAAUGAAUUCCCGCGGCGUCACGGCAGCUCCGGCAGUGCAAGGUGGCAUGAGUCGUUAGCCGGUGGCAUUCACUUGUGCUUUGCCUGUGUGAUGAAUAACAGUACUCGAUCUGGUCUUCGUGUUGGUGGCGAUCGAUGUUUAUAUCUCAGUUCGUGGUUUGUAGUGUUACCAAAUGAAAUAAAGUGUCGUUCGUACCAGUAUUAUUUGGUCAAAAGAGGAAAAACAAAAAAAAUUAGUGCAUGUGUGCUCGUGUUUGUGUCCGCAACAUAGUGCGAUAAUUGUUGUUUCUCUAAUUUAAAUUCCAGUAUAUAUAGUUGUGUUUGUGUCAUUGUGUGUGUGUUAGAACAUCCAAUAAAACUGAACAAUCUAUUGAUAUG